CUCGGAAUUGCGCCGCGCGAACGAGCGGGACAGCCGACUGGGCAGCCUCGCCUUGAAGGAAACUCCUACAAUUGCGCAGUGAUGGAUGACGAGCAAAGAAGCGCGAAGGCGGACGAUGAGGAUGCCUUGUGCUGCGAUGUGUUCCCUUUCAUGAAGCUGCCCGACGAGAUGCGCGGACGCGCGCUCGAAUAUCUGCUGAGCGCGUCGGAAGCGAAUCUGAACGACCCUUGGCAGACCCAGAACGUGCCCUACUCCGCCGCGGCGUCGCUCGACACGCUCCUCUUCCAUGCGCGGGACAUCAAAACCGUGUGCAAAGCCAUCGCCAGGGUCGUACGGCUCAUGGAACGGAGGAUCACGACGCCGACCGCGUGGCUCAGAGGAUUAUGGGGGAUUACCAAUCCUAACUACGGGGCUCGGAAGCAGAGGUCGCGAGCGGACGUGCUCCAGGAUUGUCGCGAGCGCGCGAAGAUCGCGGUGCAAGCUAACCUCGUCGUCGAAAUGUGUGAGCGGCUUACAUUGGCCUGUGAUGAAUCCCGCGACUUAUUCGUUCAGAUGCCCAAGGGCUGGUCUCAGAAGCGGAAAGCUGCUGUCCGGAAACUUCCAAGGGAAGAGAAAUGGGCGCACAUCCGCGUCAGGUCCCAAGACGAGGUCAAGCGCGUCUCACCCAUCGAGCGCCUUGUCCUCUUAGAUGUUUUGGACCGCACGGCGACGUUUUUCAGCAUGGACUUCGCUCAGCAUUCGUGGACGCUUCGGGUCUCAUCCGUCUCACUCGUCUACCGGGGCGCCACGGAGGGGGACGAACUGGUCGACGCGGACGACGCCGCGUACGACGAGGUGGACCGGCGGCUCGAACAAUUCUUCGGGGCCGAGACGCUGCGCUCCGAGCAUUGGAUCCAAGCCUGGGCCAAUGGGGGCGGCGAGGCUUGUGGAUCGACGAUAUCUCUCGAGAGCGCUCGGGUUCAGAAAUGGGCUCACGACGAGAGCCGACCGCCAGUCACACGCAUCCGUGACAUCCGCCUCGGGCUCGAGCAAUAUAACGGACGUAAGCCCGACACCAUCGAGCUCACACACGACGCGAGCGAGUAUUAUCCGAGUUUCAGUAUCGGGACGGUCGACAUCCGGUUUAAAAAAGACGCACGGGCUUCUCCGCAAAUGCCCGGCGAUGAGGAACCAACAAAGCCUUUCGCCCCACCGUACUUUUUCGUUGAACCCGUGGCUUCGGUGCAAUGGAAAGGCCAGGCCCGUGUGAAGACUAGCGCCGCGUUCAAGGUAGAGGGUACUAGAAUCGAGGAGGGCAUCCUCUUCGUAGAACUCGUCCCAGGAGUUUUCGAUGCGCAAUUGUAUUGCACCGUGGCCGGCCUAAGUUGA